AUGGGUUCUCUCGUUCUGCAAUACGGAGGCUCUACCUCUCUGCUCUAUGGCGCAAUCACUCUUGUCGCUGUUUUCCUCGGCUAUGAAAUCUUUUUGCAUCCCCUGAGGAGGUACCCAGGUCCACUGCUGGCCAAGUUCACCAAUCUCUACGCUGCAUUCUUCGCCCUCGAGCGCAAGCUGCACCUAGAAACAUGGGAGUACCACCAGAAAUACGGCCCUGUCGUCCGGCUGGGGCCAGAUAGGCUCGUUUUCGACUCCCUUGAAGCUUUGAGAGACAUCUACCAAAACGAGAGGACCACGAAGCCACCGCUAUAUCUGGCGACCCAGGCAAAGGCCGGUACUUUCAGCAUCUGGAACGCUCUAGAUCGGGGCUUGCAUAGUCGCAAACGUAGACUGGUUGGUCGCGCGACUACCGACGCCUCGAUGAGAGAAUUUGAACCGACCAUGCUCGAGCAUACCGAUGUAUUUAUACAGAAACUAUCGGAAACGCUCCAUGAGCCUGUGAACAUGAAGGAUCGAUGCAGCUAUCUGAGUUUCGAUAUCAUUGGUCUUUUGUCUUUUGGUUAUGCCAUGAACCUCCAAUCAGAUCCGGAGAAUCAGUUCCUGGCUGACCAGCUGACCCGUGGAAAUCAUCGCAUGAACAUUUUCAUGCAAAUUCCUGUGAUCCCGCGAUUCAAGUUACAGCGUUAUUUCAAUCUCUUCUUUAAAGCAGAACGCGAAAGGACGGCGCAGCUUAUAGGAACCAUGAUCCAUACCCGCAUGGCUCAAGAGACUCAUGCCCGACGUGAUUGGUAUUCCUUUCUGGCCGACUCACUGAAGCCCGAAAGCGACGGGAGUAUUCGUAUGGGUGAUCUCUGGCUAGAGGCCUUUUUCUUCAUUAUAGCAGGGGGUGACACGACCUCCACCGCCAUGAGUGCGACACUAUUCUACCUUGCGCGCAAUCCGGAUUGCUACCGCAAGCUUUCCCGGGAGAUCCGGACGACCUUCGAGACCGCUGAUGGGAUUCAGGGGGCCAAGGUGACAAACUGUCGUUACCUCCGUGCUUGUAUCGACGAAGCUCUGAGAAUGUCGCCGCCGAUCCCAGGUGCUCUAUGGAGACACUUGGCGCCGGAGGAAAAGGCGGCCGGACCAUUGGUCGUGGACGGACACGUCAUUCCGGACGGCACAAAAGUUGGUGUGAAUAUAUAUUCGCUACACCAUAACGAGAAAUACUUUCCCCAACCUUUCGUCUACAGCCCUGAGCGCUGGCUGGAGACCGACGAUCCAAAUGAUGGAACUACUUUACCUAGAGCAAACCGCGAAGCAUUUGCACCAUUCAUCACAGGUGCUCGGGGUUGCGCUGGUAAACCCAUGGCUUAUUUAGAAUCAAGUCUGGCUCUAGCUAAGAUUAUGUGGCACUUUGACUUCAGGGCUGCGCCUGGAGGCCUAGGUGAUAUUGGUACCGGCAAGCACGGAGAGUUUUACCUGCACGAUAUCUUCACCUCGACUCAUGAUGGUCCAUAUCUGGUGUUUGAGAACCGCAUACCUGACGAUGUUUCUCCUUCAAUUUAA